AUGGCAGCGCUCAGUCCAGUUUCUGGAGAAGGGAACUGGGGGGAGUGAACCCUGAGGGCGCGGGUCGGGGCUGCCAGCCGGGACGGGACGCGGGGCCGGGGAUGAGGUGACAGCCGCCAUGGCGAACGAUGGGGGCAGGAAGCAGUUCUGGAAGCGGAGCGGCACGAAAGUGCCGGGCAGUAUCCAACAUGUGUAUGGAGCUCAGCAUCCGCCUUUUGAUCCACUGCUGCAUGGAACCUUGACAAAACCGGGUUCAAAGCCACCUACAACUCCGGUGAAACUAAAGAAAGUCAGCACCUUCCAAGAGUUUGAAAGUAAUACAAGCGAUGCUUGGGAUCUUGGGGAUGACGAUGAUGAACUCUUAGCAAUAGCUGCUGAAAACUUAAAUACAGAAGUGGUCAUGGAAACGGCUCACAAAGUAAUUCAGAAUCACAGCAAGUUACAAGAACAGCAUAAAUUUCUGGAAGAGCAUCCACAGGAAGAAAAACAAGUGGAAUCGGCAGAGCUGUCUGCAGUCACAUGUGGUGAUAAUAGGCUCGUUAAGUCAGUCAGUGAAGGUCAUACAUCAAGUUCAUCAGAUAAUGCUAGUGAAAAUUCUUCCAUGCAGAGAUCACAGUCCCUUCCACAAACUUCCACACCUCCUUUGGUGAGUGGAAUGGCAGACUUCAGUACCUCAGUUACUCCUGCAUUAACUGAAAGAGAAGCAUCCCGAUUAGACAAAUUUAAGCAGCUACUUGCUGGCCCCAACACAGAUCUUGAAGAAUUACGGAAAUUGAGUUGGUCUGGAGUUCCCAAACGAGUUCGUCCCAUUGCGUGGAAGCUGCUUUCAGGUUAUCUUCCUGCAAAUGUGGACCGAAGAGAAAGCACUUUACAAAGGAAACGAAAAGAGUAUUUUGCAUUUGUUGAACAAUACUAUGACUCCAGAAAUGAUGAGAGUCAUCAAGAUACCUAUAGACAGAUUCAUAUAGAUAUCCCGCGCAUGAGCCCUGAAGUUCUAAGACUUCAGCCCAAAGUAACAGAGAUCUUUGAAAGAAUUUUGUUUAUCUGGGCUAUCCGUCACCCAGCCAGUGGAUAUGUUCAGGGCAUAAAUGAUCUCGUUACUCCUUUUUUCGUAGUCUUCGUUUGUGAAUAUAUAGAAGAAGAAGAAGUGGAAAAUUUUGAUGUUUCCAGUCUGCCUGAAGAAGUACUGCAGAACAUAGAAGCUGACAGUUAUUGGUGCAUGAGCAAGUUGCUUGAUGGCAUUCAGGAUAAUUACACAUUUGCACAGCCGGGAAUUCAAAAGAAAGUGAAAAUGUUGGAAGAGCUUGUUAGUCGGAUCGAUGAACAAGUUCAUAGACACUUGGAUCAGCAUGAGGUGAAAUAUUUGCAAUUUGCUUUCCGAUGGAUGAAUAACUUACUGAUGCGAGAAGUCCCUUUACGAUGUACCAUCAGAUUAUGGGACACAUACCAAUCUGAACCAGAGGGUUUUUCUCACUUCCACUUGUAUGUCUGUGCUGCCUUCCUUGUCAGAUGGAGGAAGGAGAUUCUGGAGGAGAAGGACUUUCAGUCUGCGAAGAAGCUGUGAAGAUCAUUUUUCAGUCCGUCAUUUUUUCUCACUGUUCACCUUCUGUAACUUCCUUUCCUAUGUGGCACCAAGGAAAAACGGGUGGUUUCUAUUUCAAGGCCAUUAAUGGACUAAUAUCAACACCUUAGCUGUCAUCUCAUAUUCUGUACUGAGAUUUUGAAUGCCAGUUUAUCAGCCGGCGAUGACAGCCUCAUCACGUGUUCCUGAGUUAUUGAGAAAGUAUCUGUGCUGUGUUCUUUGUUGACCAUCUUAUUUAAAUGGAGCACGUAAUGCAGAUCUUGCUACUUCUCUCUGAGUCCUUGUAUUUUUCUGUGAUGCACGGAAUAGAUUUGGCAGAUAGACUAUGAUGCUGUUAGUCACAUUCACAUUGAUGGUUUUUUGUUGGUUCUUUUUACCUUUCUGUGAACUUGCUGUCUAUUGAAACUUACUUAAGCAAUGAAAUCUUUGGAUUAGUGACUGUCCUUUCUUCUGAUUUAUAUAAUCUUUAAAAUAAUGAUUCUUUAAUCUGAGUAAAUGCUAUGGAGUAGCUUCACUGACCUCACGAACAAAAUGAAUGUAUACGCAGUAGUCUUUUCCAGUGAAAUGCUGAAAAGUGCUCUUGACUUUUAAAAAUGUUUCAUUAAAGUGAAAUAUUACAAGUUAAUGUUAGUUCAAAUGAUGAAAGAUGAAACACCGUCUUUCUACCUCAUAUUAUGAAUAACAUUUUAAGGAAAUGUAGGUUAUUAUUGUUACUUAGGCAAAAGCAGGUGCCUUCCGAAGUUGUGAUCAGGUUUAUUCUUAAACUGAGUCUUCAUUUUUGGCAUAUGUUUGUUUUAAGGUGGUUGCCAAUUUCAGAGGCUGCUGAAGCGUUUCACAAUGCCUGUGUUUGCAUGAACAUCAUUUAGAGUGUGUUUAGGUUACUGAUGCAGUGAGCACCCUCAGCCCCUUUAGUUGGUUCUGUUUUGCCUUUACUUCUCUGUUUAGCAAGCACUGAACUAGAAUCAGCACAGCCCACUGCUACUUACCACUCUUCUGAAAUCUCAGCUCACCUUUGAAUGCGUUGACCCCUUCUUUCAUUGGCUGCCCAGAUAAACUGUGGGUGCCCCAUCCCAUAACAUGAUUAAUACCAGAUUGGAUGAGGUUUUUGGCAACGUGGUCAUGGGGAAGAUAUCCCUCCUUAUGGCAGUGAGUUGGGAUGAGGUGAUCAUUCAGGUUCCUUCUGUCCCUAUUUCUGUAUUUAAGUAGAUGCUUUUAUGUAAGCUAAAAUUGCUUGAAAAAGUUAAAAAAAAAAAUUCUACUUCUACCAAAAUUCUACUUCUGUAUACUUGUCAGAGACGUGUAUUUACGUCAGGUACACAAGUUAAAUAGUGUAACUUUGCACCUUAAAAUGGGAUUAUAAGUUAGUUACAGAGGUGACGGAAUAAAAAGAUGCCGGUAAGACAAAUUGCAGUCUUUGAACAAUAUCUGCCUAGUGUUAAGAUGCUUUCCUUCACAUGUUCUCUUAUGUUAAAUGACCGGGUAGUAUUACUUCGUGGUCCUUUAUGAAAGAUAAUUUGUGCAAUUUUAUACUGCUGCUUGCAUGAGUUACUGAUUUUAGCUUAAAAAAUUUAAUAUGAAAAUCCUUCCUGGUGAUUAUGUGCUAUAGAAACAUGUAAGAUAUCAGAAAUAUGAUUUUAUACCAUAUAUUUAUUCACAAUUCCUGUGGUAUGGUUUUCACAGGUUUUUUUUAUGUUGCUCCUUUUUUUGAUAAGGAUUUUUAAACAGUUACUUUCUCUGCAUUAUCCUUUGUAUAAGUGCAGGACUUCCUGCACUCUAUGACAUGAGCUAUAACUAAUAAAAAAUACUUCCAAUGUAGCUUCUUGUGUGUAUGGUGCUAGAAAUUCAGUUCCCAUUUCUACUGCAGUAGAAUGCGUCUCAAUUAAAAAAAAAAAAAAGAAAAAAGAUAAUAUUUCUUUUGAGCAUCAUAAAAAAUGACCAAUAUAUAAUGGAAAUUGAAGAAAAGAUAGAAGGGAAGUGGAAAAGUGAAAUUUGGUUGAUAGCAAAGGUAGUUGAUUGCAAAUAGUCAGUGCUGCUGAAAACUUAAUGUCUCCACAGUGACUAUUCUGAUUUUUAUUUUUCAGUUAAUCAUGAGUUUAUCAGCAGCUGGAGUGCACUUUGGACAACAGCAAAUAAAGAACAGUAUAACACACAUUCUAGUAAUGAAGCCCACAGAUCCAACCUUUUGUUUGUGAGGAAUAAUAACUCUUUAGGUUUAUACGUUCAUCUGUAUCUUGAGGAACCAUUCAUCAGCAGCUUUUCCUGUCUACUGUAAGUUCUUAUAUAAGUUAGGGCUUUUCCCUGUUUCUGAUUCCCUGUAUCAAAAAGCUCCUUAGCUAUCUACCUAAGUCUACAGACUUUCUUUCAGAGGCUUUACAGUUUUGUCUUCACAUCCUGGUUACAAGUUUUACUUAACAGCCACUUGUCAGAGGAAAUCAUUUUUAUCAUUUUUCACCAUGAUUAAAAUGUGUAUUUUUAUAUUUAUUCCGUAAAAGUCCUUUUAGCAUUUGUUCAGAAAAGUUCACAAAUGUUAAGGGAUACUUCUGUUCGGACAGGAUCUCCGAAGGUGUUAAAUUCAACAGGCUCAAAGCUGUGUCAGCUCUGAGUUUAGUCCAUCUAGGACAGUGCUUUAUUCAGCUGAGUCCUGAAAACCUUCAGGGACAGAAACUGCAUGACCUAAAUAGAUUAUAGGUUUUACAUUAUGUGUUAUUCCUGAGAAUUGCAAAUAUCUUAAUGUUUCAGUCAAACUGAGUCAGACUGAGAUGGACUGAAAUACUAAGCUGAAAUUCUUAUGGCAAACUAAGAUCUGAUAGGAAUUGACUUAGUCCUAUUGCUUUUAGAGUAGUUUUUGGAACAGAGGAGUGUAUACCCCUCUUCUCUAUAAGCAGUAUAAUUAGAUGUUUUUGUAGUCCUGGCUCCUGUGUCCUUGCUUAGCCCCCCCCUGCAUGUAUGGGAGAAAACAGGUUCUUUUCUGUGAAUGUAUCAAAAGCUGAUGAGAGAUAAAGCGUGUGAGCAUGGAAAUAUUUCUGACCUACAGAGCCUGACUUCUAACAUUGCUGUGAUUUUAUUCCCUGCUGUGAGCACUUUUGGAAGGCAUUCACGUGUUGUAAGAAAAGGGAAGCUCUGUUUUAGACUUUGAACAUUAUAGCUAUCAACAUGAAGUAGAGUAUUGGAAGUAGGCAGCUGGGAGUUGGCACUGUUACAUCAUUUAUAUUCACAACAGCCAGCUUGCAGUAAGAAAUUACUGACAUUAUUUAUUAUUUUUGCAUACAAAGAGCUUUAACUACAGAGAAUGAGGAGCGUGGUAAAAAUUGUAUCACCAUCUCAUCUUGUAUAUAGACAAAACAUCAGUUGGCUUUCGGUCCCACUCCAGCUAUUACAGCUUCAUUUCAACUGCUCUGCUCACAAGCCUGCUCAACUUAAUUAAAAGUGUCUGCAUCUUUUGGUUAUCAUGAGUAUCUUGACUUAAUCUUCACCCUUGAGUAUACUGCAAAUCAAAUGCAGGAGACAUUUUAUUGUACAGUCUUAGAAAUACAAGUUUGGUCCCAUAGACAUUAUUACUGUAAAAUUUUAGUGUUGAUCUAAAAUGGAAGGGAUGGGCUACGCCAUGCUUCUCUUAGCUUCCAGAAAUUACAGGCACUUCACUGGUACCAGGAGGAGGACUUGUCCUCUGUCUAGAAAGCAGCUGGAAGUUUCUGACCAGUUUAUAAGGUAGAACAAAAAUGGUUUAAGAUCCAUGAAAAAAAAACAAACUCUUAGUGCUACCCUUUUUUAUCUCUGAAGGUUGUGCAUUUUCGUGACUCUUUUUCUUCUGAUGAGGCUGUAGACUUAUUUUUCCUAUUUUACGUAUUCUUUUUUCGUUCUUGAAAUCUUGACUUUAAAUCUGAAAAGCUGACAAUAAAAAUCUAAAAAAAAAAAAAAAAGAAAAAA